AUGGCAGCCAAACUUAGACAAAAGAAACUCGAUGCUAUUGCUGCUGCUGCUAUGCCUCCCGGGCAGAAAGUAGUAGCUCAGUUCAAGACUGCCGAAGGAGAGUCCACAGGUCCCCCACUCCAACUUCCUGGUGACGCUACUCCUGAACAACUCGAAUUACUCUUGAACCAACUGUUAAACCAAGGUGAAGAUCCUCUUCCUUAUUCUUUCCAUGUGGGUGAAGACGAGAUCAUAAAGAACCUCUGGGUAGAUCGUAAAGACAAGUCAACCGAAGAGACACUGACGAUUGUCUAUCAACCUCAAGCCAUUUUCAGAGUAAGAGCAGUUUCUCGUUGUACUUCUACUUUAUCUGGACAUACAGAAGCAGUUCUAUCCUGUGCAUUUAGUCCUGAUGGCAGCCAAUUAGCAACAGGCUCAGGCGAUUGUACUGUCCGUAUCUGGGAUUUGAAUACAGAAACACCUCGUUAUACACUCAAGGGACACAGUGGCUGGGUCUUGUUUAUUGCAUGGUCUCCUGAUGGUUCUAUUUUGGCUUCAGGCAGUAUGGACAACACAGUCAGAUUAUGGGAUCCCAAGACAGGCAAACAACUCGGUGAUGGUUUAAAGGGACAUCGUAAAUGGAUUACUAGUUUAGCUUGGGAACCUUAUCACUUGAAUUCAAAAGUGAAUCGUCUUGCUAGUUCUUCAAAAGAUCAUACUGUUCGUGUCUGGAACACAUCAUUAAGAAAGAUGGAAUUCUGUAUUGCUCAACACACAGCAGCCGUUACAUGUGUCAAGUGGAGUGGUGAAGGUUUGAUUUACACAGCUUCUCAAGACAAGACAAUCAAGGUAUGGAAUUCAUCGGGUAUGCUUGUCAAGACGCUUGAAGGACAUGGUCAUUGGGUCAACACAUUAGCUCUCAGCACAGAUUUUGCACUUCGUACAGGUCCCUUUGAUCAUACAGGCAAGCGCCACAAGACUGAAGAGGAAGCUAAGGCUGCUGCUCUUGCAAGAUAUAAUACACACAAGGGCAAAGGUGCUGAAAGACUUGUGUCUGGUUCUGAUGAUUUCACCAUGUUUUAUUGGGAACCUGAGAAGAGCAAAAAGCCAGUGACUCGGAUGACUGGUCACCAGAAGCUAGUGAAUCAUGUUGCAUUUUCCCCUGAUGGUCGCUACAUUGCCAGUGCUUCUUUUGAUAACUCAGUGAAGCUCUGGGACGGUACUACGGGUAAAUUCCUUGGUAACUUAAGAGGCCAUGUUGGUGCUGUAUACCAAGUCAGUUGGUCUAGUGAUUCCCGUAUGUUGAUCAGUUCAAGUAAAGACAGUACACUCAAGAUUUGGGAUAUUAAGAAAAUGAAGAUCAAGAUGGAUUUACCCGGUCAUUUAGACGAAGUGUUUGCUGUUGAUUGGUCUCCUGGAGGUGACAAAGUUGCCAGUGGUGGCAAAGAUAAACAACUCAAGAUUUGGAGACAUUAA